UUUCUGGAAGCUGAAAUCCGUCGACAAGCAAUGCUGAAAGCAAAAUGCUCUUCAUAUCUGAUUUCACGCCCAAUCAUCAUUCCUGGGGAAACUCAUUUCCAACAAUCUUUUACAGAGAAGCUGUUAUCCCUGUUAAAGAAAUGCACUUCCACGAAGCACUUACGACAAAUCCACACCCAAAUGAUCAUCAAUGCCAUUCAAAAGCCCAAAUUCCUUCUUUCCAAAGUCAUUGACCUCAAGAACUUCGCCUACGCUUCUCUUCUCUUCUCCCAAAUCCCGCAACCCAACGAUUACGCUUUCAAUGUCAUGAUCCGUGGCCUUACCACCACAUGGAAAAACUACUCUGCAACUCUUCAUUUCUAUUAUCAAAUGAAGUUUUUGGGCUUACGACCCAAUAAGUUCACUUACCCUUUUCUAUUUAUCUCCUGUGCUAAUCUUUUAGAGCUGAGCCAUGGGCAGUUAGCUCAUUCGUCGAUAUUUAAACUUGGAUUGGACUUUGAUCCUCAUACUACUCACUCUUUGAUAACCAUGUACGCUCGAUGUAGCGAAUUGGGUGAUGCUCGCAAGGUUUUCGAUGAAAUAACUGAGAGAGAUUUGGUGGCAUGGAAUUCAAUGAUUUCGGGGUAUUCUAAAAUGGGGCAUGCGAGAGACGCGGUGGGGUUAUUUGUGAAGAUGAGAGAGGAAGGGUUUGUAGCUGAUGAGAUGACAUUAGUCAGCGUUUUGGGGGCUUGCGGGGACUUGGGGAAUUUAAGUCUAGGGAUGUGGGUGGAGGGGUUUGUUAUGAAACAAAAGAUGAAAUUUAAUUCAUAUAUUGUGUCUGCUUUGAUUGAUAUGUACGGGAAGUGUGGGGAUUUGGCGUCGGCUAGGAGGGUCUUUGAUGCAAUGCUGCCGAAGGAUAUCGUCACCUGGAAUGCUAUGAUCACCGGGUAUGCACAAAAUGGACUGUCAGAUGAAGCAAUCAAGCUGUUUCAUGGCAUGAAGGAUGCAGGCGUUAACCCAGACAAAAUUACAUUGGCCGGAGUUCUUUCAGCAUGUGCCUCAAUUGGGGCCAUUGACUUGGGGAAAUGGAUUGAUACAUAUGCAUCACAAAGAGGCUUACAACACAAUAUCUUUGUUUCUACUGCAUUGGUUGAUAUGUAUGCCAAGUGUGGGAGCUUGUAUGAUGCACAAAGAGUAUUUGAAAACAUGCCUAUAAAAAAUGAGGUUUCAUGGAAUGCAAUGAUCUCUGCUUUUGCUUUCCAUGGGCGAUCUCAGGAGGCUUUAUCACUAUUUGAGCGCAUGUCAACAGAAGGUAUGGAUGCCCGCCCAAAUGAUGUGACAUUUGUGGGAGUACUUUCAGCAUGUGUGCAUGUUGGAUUAGUUGAUGAAGGCUGGCGGUAUUUUAACUUGAUGAGCUUGUCGUAUGGUUUAACCCCAAAAAUUGAGCAUUACUCUUGCAUGGUUGAUCUUUUGGCACGUGCUGGUCAACUGUAUGAGGCUUGGGAUUUCAUUGAGAAUAUGCCUGAAAAACCAGAUGAAAUUGUAUUGGGAGCACUACUUGGUGCCUGUCAAAAGUGCAAAAAUCUCGAUGUUAGUGAGAAGGUGAUGCAACUUCUUCUGCAAAUGGAGCCUUCAAAUUCUGGAAACUAUGUUAUCUCAUCAAAGAUAUAUGCAAACUCAAGAAGGUGGGAUGAAUCAGCCAAAAUGAGGGUGUUGAUGAGACAGAGGGGUGUCAAUAAGACUCCUGGUUGUAGCUGGAUUGACAUUGAAGGUCAACUUCAUGAAUUUCUUGCUGGAGAUGACUUGCUAUAUCAUUCAAUUGAGAUUCAUCAAGUUUUUGUGUUGUUAAAUGUGGAGAUGAAGAGGGAAGGUUACAUUCCAAAGGUUGAUUAAUGGAUAGAAUUAAGAGGGUUCAGAAACAUGCUUUCCUCUUAAUCUUCUCAAUGCUGAUGAAACACACUCACAAUCUCUGUGGC